AUGAUGCAGGCUGCGCCCGCUCUUUCGCCUCCUCUUUCGCCUCCUCUUUCGCCUUCUUCUGCGCUACCGGGGCAAUUACGAUCGAAGAGAGACGAAUCGACUGCAAACAUCAGGGUCGGACGAAGGACACCAUCUAGGGAGACUGGCGGAGACGUGGACAGGCGUGAAAUGGAGACUGGAAGUGGGAAUAGCACUACUACUGCUGCGGAUUCCGCGAGGCGUGCGCCGCCCGAUGCAACGGAAGACUCAAUGCCGAAUUCGACUAAUGCGAGUGGGUCGGCGCCGACUACAGCGCUCCCCGGAAUCCGGGAUCUCUUUCCUGGUGAGUUCCGUCGUUUGGGACUUUCUCCCAUCUUUAUCCUUUGUAUCUCUUCGGUUGGAGCAUUGGAUAACUCUGGGCUCUCCCUCUCUUCACGUCUUGGCGCCAACUGGUUAAGGAGGCACAAUGGCCAUGACGGGGCGUCAGGCUCUCGUGGGCGCUCUGCGCGGUAUUCGUCAGCAAUGGCAGACUGGUGCUUCUUCGACCUUAGAUUAACAGCACCGCACUGCAGCACCCGGGAUGCAGGUGGCAGAACAUUAAAACGCGAUGCACGGCUAUGGGGUAGAAGAUGGCCUGUUCCGCUCGGCGGGCUUGGUUACUCGGAGAUGAUUGAUGCCUGA